AUGGAGGAGAAAAUUAAUCUAAUCAAAAAAAAAGAUGAACAGAUGUAUAUUAAUGUAAGAUGUUAUAUAGUUCUAAUGUGCUGUCAUUGGAGUAUUUUAGUGAUUUAAAGCACCAUUACCGCUUACAGUUUUUAAUCUACUGGCAUGAAUCCAUAUGAUAAUCUCAUGUAUAGUCGCCCUCUGUGUCUGUGACUUUGCUCUGGCAUGUACGCUAUUAAAUCUGGCGAUGACAUCUAUCCUAACAAAAAAAGAAAAAUGUCAUAAAAGGGUAAACCAGGCAUUUCCAUGUCUGUCGUUUGAUUAGAUUUCCGUAUGAGCGCGCUUGCACAAAUACCUCCUCACCGCCCCGUUCUCCCUCUGCGUGCCCUUCAACUUUUGACAUCCAAAUCUACCUGGAUUAUAAAGAGCUAAGAUCAAAUACCAAGAUCGAGUCAAAAAAAAAAAAAAAAAAGGCAAACGUCUCUCCCGUCUCCCGAUUUCGCUCCUCCAGGAUCAUUUACGAGGAGCAGUCCUGAGGAUUUGGAGUACCCCCCCCUUUACAGCAGUGCUGUAAAUAGAUCAUAUCGGACACUAAUUCGAUUUAGAGAUUCCUGCGUCUGGACCCUGAAUCAGAGAAACAAAAGACAAUGUGUGUGCAAGAUAAUAAUAUUUGUGGGAGAUUUUGAAAUCAGUACAGUUUCCCCCCAGCGAAGGACGUCCUCGAGAUUAAUGGAAGAUUUAUUGAUGAUUUUGUCGAUGAUUUUCACGUUCAAUCUCGGAGCAAAUGAAAGGAGCCACAAUGUUGACGAGGCUUUUCAGUGACCCCUCACUGCUUCCCGAUGUGCAGAAAUACUCCGGCUGGGCGGAGGAAAGCGAUGGGGAGGAUUCCAAGAUGAAAGAGGAUGAACAGGAUGAUAUGGAUGAAUCUGAACUGAGAGGGGACAGCCGGACGCAAUCUGAGCAUGCCGGAGAAGACGAUGAGGACGAAGGGGUAGAUGAGGAGGACGACGACGGAGAGGAUACAGAGGGAGACAGGCCCAAGAAAAGGGGCCCCAAGAAGCGCAAAAUGACUCCGGCUCGAAUCGAGCGCUCAAAGUUGCGGCGGGUAAAGGCCAACGCACGGGAGCGGACCCGCAUGCAUGACCUGAACUCUGCGCUCGACAAUUUGCGUAAAGUUGUGCCCUGCUACUCCAAAACGCAAAAACUGUCCAAAAUUGAAACGCUGCGGUUGGCCAAAAACUAUAUCUGGGCCCUGUCGGAGAUAUUGCGCAAUGGAAAAAGGCCCGAUCUUGUGUCCUACGUCCAGACGCUGUGCAAGGGGCUCUCCCAGCCCACAACAAACCUGGUGGCGGGAUGCCUGCAGCUUAACUCCCGUAACUUCUUAACCGAGCAGCAGUGUCAGGAUGGGGGAAGGUACGGCUCUGGCUCCUUUUCCAUGCAUUCCUACCCAUACCAGUGUGCGCGCCUCUCCAGCCCCCACUGCCAGCCGGGUUCGAACUCGCAUCCGCUGAGGACGCACGGCUACUGCUCGACUUACGACUCUCUGUACGGUGGGAGCGGAUCCCCUGAGUAUAACAGCCCCGAGUAUGAGGGGCCCCUCAGCCCGCCCCUGUGCAUCAAUGGCAACUUUUCCCUGAAGCACCAAGGCUCUGCAUCCCCCGAAAAUGAGAAGGGGUAUCACUACUCUAUGCAUUACUCCGGCCUGCCUGGCUCAAGACCCACCGGGGCCCACAACCUGGUGUUUGGCUCCUCGGGGGCCCGGAGCGGCAUUCACUCUGAAAACGUCCUGCCUUACCACGACAUGCACUUACACCACGAACGGGCCCCCGUGUAUGAUGAACUGAAUGCGUUUUUUCACAAUUAAAAUUAGAAACCUAUCGUGCGUCCCCUUGCAAUCAACAAUCGAACGGCACACUUUUUGACAAGCGUACCUGCCAGAAUUUAGGCAUUCUAGAGAGAUGUUAAUCACUCGUCGUAAUUAGUGUUUUUCUUUCAUUUAUUCCGUCUUAUUUAUUUCUUUUUUCUUUUGCUCUAGUCAGGGAUGUAGUGGAAGACAAUCCACCUAACCCACAAUCCUAUGUCGCGCAAUCUGGCAGCUUUUUAAGCUGAAUUCUCUAAAAAGAAAUUUGAUUAAACAAAUCAUAUCAAGACCUAUGA